UUGUAUAGUAUUGCAUAUCAUAUUUGCCCAGAAGCGAUAUUAACGUUUUUAUCAGUUUUAAACCUGUAUUACGGGAAAAAAUAGUAAACCAUGCUUGAUCUGUACAGUACAUCUGCUAAUUUCGAAAUCUUCUGUGUCACUUAAUCAUAAUUUUGCUGAAUACAGUUCACAAGACUUUAUGUGUUUUGAUGUUUGUAAGGCAAGGAUGAUGAAACAAGAUAUACUCAUCCAUUUGUGCAGCUAUGGAGACCUUAAAUGGCAGGUCCCUGGGGGAGUUCCUGGAGCACAUUGCCUUAGAGCUCGGCUGCAGCACCACAGCACAGGAUGUGGCACUGCAUCUGGAUAAACAUGACGAACUACGACAUCUGAGAGAGCAGUUCCUGGUCCCUAAAGUCAAGGACUUGCCACCAACUGACCUUUCAGUCGUGGAUGGAGAUGAGGACUCAAUAUACCUUGUGGGAAACUCACUUGGGUUGCAGCCUAAAACAGUAAAAAAAUACAUUGAUGAAGAGUUGGAUAAAUGGGCAAAAAUGGGAGUACAUGGUCACUUUGAAGGCUCCCGUCCCUGGGCUUGUGCUGAAGACUGUGUUGUAGAACUCAUGGCUAGAGUAGUAGGAGCAAAGACUGAAGAAGUGUCCCUGAUGAAUGGACUGACAGUGAACUUACAUCUUCUCUUGCUUUCCUUUUAUAAACCAACACCACAGCGUCACAAAAUUGUCAUUGAAGAGAAAGCAUUUCCAUCAGAUCAUUACGCUGUUGAAUCUCAAAUCCGGCUCCGUGGCCUUGACCCUCAGCACAGCUUACUGCUGAUGAAACCCAGAGAGGGUGAGGAGACUCUCAGAACUGAAGACAUUCUCUCCACCAUUGAAAGGGAAGGGGACUCAAUUGCUGUCAUUCUGUUCAGUGGGGUGCAAUACUACACAGGCCAGCUGUUCGACAUGCCCACUAUUACGAAGGCUGGUCACAAAAAGGGUUGUUUUGUAGGGUUUGACUGUGCUCAUGCUGUUGGAAAUGCUGAACUUUAUUUGCAUGACUGGGGAGUUGACUUUGCCUGCUGGUGCACGUACAAGUAUAUGAAUUCUGGGGCUGGAGGUCUUGCAGGGGCGUUUAUUCAUGAGAAGCAUGCAUACACAGUCAAACCCACGCUAUUGGGGUGGUGGGGUCACAAGCUGAAAACAAGAUUUCUUAUGAAUAAUGAAAUGGAUUUAAGCCCUGGAAUAAAUGGAUACCGCUUGUCAAAUCAGCCUGUUUUAUUGGUGUGUUCACUGCAGGCAAGCUUAGAGGUCUUCAAUCUAACCAGUAUGAAAGCCCUAAGAAGGAAAUCUGUCCUCCUGACGGGGUACCUGGAGUAUCUGAUCAAGCACCACUAUGCUCAAGAUGAAACGGAUCCAGACAAACCUUAUGUCUCCAUCAUCACCCCUUCAAACACAGAGGAGCGAGGCUGCCAGCUCUCCCUCUCUUUCUCAGUUCCCAUCAGGGCUGUUCACAAAGAGCUGGAGAAGAGAGGCGUAGCAUGCGACAUGAGGGAACCGAAUGUCCUGCGAAUUGCACCAGUACCUCUGUACAACUCAUUUAAUGAUGUGUACCGGUUUGUCAGGGUUUUGGGAUUGGCUCUUCUUGCAAAUAGGAGUAGAUCUUCACAGUGAUUUACCCGGAGUUAAAGACAACUUUGAACAGGUUUUCUUUUUUUAGUGCCUUCCACACUUCCCUGGAGUUUGUCUCCCAGUUCUCCAAUGUUAUCGGUCCGUACCUACUCUGACAUCGUCUUUCUCUCGUGUUCCUGCUCCCUCCCCAGUUCACCCAGACACGUGAAGAAGGCUUCACCAGUGAAACGGCAUUUUCUUCUUUUAACUGUUCAUUUCAUGUAAUUAACCUCAACUUAAUUCCUAUUUCAAUAUUCACAAUCUUAAUAAAAAUGUUUCGAUUGACUGU